AUGUCACCACCCCCACGAAUGGAUACAGGACCCCCGAGUGGCCCUGGUGAUGUCCCCAAAGCCGAGCUGAGCAUCCUGGCCUGUGCUGAAGCCUACAGCAACACGGAGGAGCAGCUGGGCUGCGUGACCGGGUGCCGCGAGCAGCUGCCAUGCCUCCACCCGUCCCUGCAUCUGGGUGGACGUGCUAGCCUGGUGCUGAAGGAGCCAUCGUUCUCCAUGUUCGAUUUGGUCUCCACCUUCUGCAAUGACAUUGUCAGCUCUGCUCAGAGUUUCAUCUCCUCCACCUGGACCUUCUACCUGCAGGCAGACGAUGGCAAAGUCGUGGUGUUCCAGUCCCAGCCUGAGGUGGAGUAUCUGGUACCUGAGGUGCAGGAGCCCCAGCCGGAGCAGCCAGGACUGGGGUCCAGCCUCCAUGUCCCCCAGCCCCACACAGGCCCCCGGGUGAAGGGGGAGAGGCCCCCCACGAAGGAACCCCGGGACAAAGCCAAGGCGCAGCCCCCGGAGCCCCCCCAGCCGGAGCACGACUUCCUCGGCUGCAUGUCCAAGCGCUCGGGCCUUCCUCGCUGGAUCCUGGCCGCCUGCCUCUUCCUCUCCAUCAUGGUGAUGCUGUGGUUGAGCUGUGCCAGCUUGGUGACUGCCCCCGAGCAGCACGUCAAGACCCAGCCUUUGAGCAUCAAUGGGGACAAGGAGUACCUGGAGGACCUGGAUGGCCCCGGCACCUUCCCCCUGCCGCCUGUCAUCGCUGUCACCCUGUGCCCCGCGGGCAGUGAGGACGCAGGGCCACUGCCCCUCAAGGUCGACCUGGACAAGACCAUCCUGUAG